UUUCUCCUUAGUUGCUUGUGGGGGCGCAUCCAAGAUGAUGGUAGAGACCAUGCUCGAGUCCUCGCAGGACUUUGGCAUGUCGAACGGCGCGCUACCACAAUGGAAGCGGGAGCUGCUGCAGCGCCGCGCCGCGCGCUCCCGCCCCGCGCCGCCCGCGCCCGCGCCCGCCCCCGCGCCCGCCGCCGCGCCCGCCGCCCACGACGACGACGAGGAGCUCCCGACCCGGCGGCCGGCGCCGGCCGCGCGCGUUUCCGCCGUGCUGCGCGGGCUCGAGGCGCCCUCGCGCACGUCCACGCCGGAGCCGCGGGACCCGCAGCGGCCCGCGCCGCGCUCGCCCACGCCGCCGCUCGUGGACGCCGUCGCCCCGGCCCCCGACGAGCCCGAGGCGGCGGCGGCGGCGUCGACGGAGGCGCGGCCGGUGUCCCGCGCGGCGCUGGAGGGCAUCGCGCGCGCCGGCUCGUCGAUGCGCUUCGCGUUCGAGGCGCCGCGGCGCGGCUCGCACCUGCCGCCGCUGGCCGCCGCCAACCCGGUGCUGGUGGGGCGCGCGCGCCGCGUCGGCGUCAUCCGCCCGAUGCCCGCGCCCGCCGUGCGCUCGCCGGAGCCGCAGCCCGUCGUGGAGUUCGACCGGAAGGUCGCGUCGCCGCCGCCGACGCCGCGGCUCGCGUCCCCGCCGCCGGAGCCCGAUCCGACGCCGCAGCCCCGGCCCGAGAGGAGGGAACCCCCGCCCGCGGCGAUGGUGGAACCGAUCCCGCGCUCCCCGCCCGAGACCGCGGACGUGAUCCGCCCCGAAUCCCCCGCGGACCGCGAGCCCGAGAUCGUCGAAACGAGACCGAAGGCCGAGCGACCGCUGACCAACGGAUUCGCCGAACCGAGGCCGAUCCCCGAGGAGCCCGUGUCGCGUCUCGGCGGCGCCGACAUCGAGCGCGCCUGGAACGGCUCCAGCGAGAAAAGAAUGGAGCCCAGGGAGAAGAAGCCCGCGGAGACGAAGGAGGCGAGGGGCGGCGCGGCGCCGUGGGCGGGCGGCAGCCCCGGGCCCGCGCGCCGCCCGCGCGCGCCGCCGCCCGCCGCCACCUCCAUCGUGUUCAACUUCUCCGACCGCAAGGAGGUGCCCGACUACAUCGAGAACGACGGAAUCAUCCUCCGCGGCAGCCGGAGGAACAAAAUCAAGGUGAGUCUUUAAAACUACAUAAUUGCUCCGGUUUACAACGGCCGGGCCGCCCGAACGACGGCGCGCGACGGUGCGUGGUCACGCUCUGAAUGCGCGCGAGCAUCGAUUGUGCAAUUCGGGUGCCAUCGUUCUCAGUUUUUGUCCACGUCCCGCAUAGAUCACGCCGCGAUACGCCGCGCGGAGGCUGCUCGCGAGAUGCGCCUGCGCCGGUCGCGGUUCGCCGCUGCUCGGGUAUGCGCGCGGGCUUCCUUCCGACCUUACUUUGAUGUUACGUAUCUAUCUCCUAUCAUUUACUAUCUCCUGUCAUU